GGCAGCUCGAAAAGAGAUCGUUGCAAACAACAGAGCUCUCUCACGUCUCUUUAACUAACCAACACGUGCAUAUGAUAUGCAGCACCUCUACACCCAACGAACGACACGCCCUUACUCCCUUAGUGCUCAGCAGCAUGGUGGUCCUCAGGCUCCCCCUCCCCCUCGUUUGCACACACGAUCUGCACCUUGAGCACGCCCUUACGCUGCGCAUAAUGCAGGGCAUCAAGGGCUCGAUCCAGGGGGUACUCGGCCUCGAGAUACUUGCACACGUCUAUCAGACCUACACGCACACGCGCACACGCACCACCAACAGAGAGAGGGAAGCGAUUCCCACGCGUCUCACUCACGUCGGUGUGUGUGCAUGCGUGUGUACCAGCUUCGAGUACGCCGACAGCGACGCCCAUCGGACCACACCGAGAGCCCACCUGACAGACACACACCAGCAGACAUGAAGGAAUCAAUCAGUCGAGAUGCGCCGGCGUGUGAGUGGUGCCUACCCUACCAGCUGGACUUCCUUGACGACCAGAGGUGCCAUGUUGAACCCUUCGUCCUCCACACCCACCGCACAGGUCGUCUUCAGAAACAACACACCCUGCGGACGCACCUGCACACGGUGGCCACACACAAACGAAACGGCGGCACGCGUGAGAUCAUCAUCAGUUGCCCCAUCUACCCCUUUCUCUCUCGGUCACUGACUGACUGACCAUGUCCAUGGCCAGCUUGAGGCCAUUAGGGCUGCCCGUGGCCUCUACGACAAUGUCAUAGGCCGACUCCUCCUUCUCACGCCACUCGUGAUAUCUGUCGCCGUCCCGGCACUCGCACAUGGUGUCGAUGGGAGGGUGAAUCGACACAUCAGCGGCAUCAGACGCCUGCUGCUGCUGCUGCUGCUGGCUGGUGUGGGUGUGGGUGAGGAGGGCGAGCUUGGACGGGUGGCGGCCGACGAUGGUGACUGGCGAGCGGUUGCGCAUCGUCUUGGACUUCCGGAGAGGCGUCGGAGCGUUCUGACUUGCCCAGAACUCUACAUGGCAUGAAGGACACACAGAAGAGAGGAAUCCACUCCACUGAUCCAUCCAUCCAUCCAUCCAUCCAUCCAUCCAAAUGUGUCGUAUGUGCACACAAACAUACCCACCCUGGAAGGCCUGUGUGAGGUUCCAUCCCGACUGAUGCUGCCGCAGCACCUGAUGGAACCGCUCGUCAAAGACAAACAGCUGCAACACCUCAGCACACAGCAGCCCCAGCUUCCCGUCCCCGAUCACCAACAUGCGGUCCUCUCUUCGCAGCCGCCCCUGCUCCACCAGCCGGCAGGCCGCCGCAAGAGGCUCACAGAAGGCCGCUGCCGCAUCGGACACCUCAUCAGGCACGAGAUGCAGAUUGGCGAGCGGCACUGUGACGUAAUCGGCAAAGCAGCCGUCCCUGUUGAUAAUGCCCAAGCAGGUGCGUGAGGGGCAGUGGUUUCUCCGCUGCACUGGGUCUGGGGGGGUCUCGGGGUGACAUGCGGGGCAGGUGUCCUGGUCGCAGGGGAGGUUGAUCUCUGCGACGACUCGCCUGGACAGGUAUGGGUGAGAGGGGUCAUCCCGCCCGUCGACGGCCGUCACGCUGACCACCCGGCCGACGAACUCAUGGCCGAGGAUGCAGUGGAAGCCCUCCUUAUAGCCCUUGAGGAUCUCCUCGUCCUGAUGACAAUGGAUGACGGACGGCAGGCAGAUACACGCAUACACAGAACAGAAGCAUCAUGAUGCGAUGCAUGACAAUGAGCGGCUCCAUCUGCCCGACUGACUGACUGACUGGAUCUUCGCCCGUGCGCUCACCGUCUUGCAGAUGCCUGCCCUGAGCACACGAAGGAGGGCUUCGUCUGCCUGUGGGGUGGGUACUGGCAGAUCUUCUCUCAAGACAGCUCUGCCGUCAUCUACCUUGACGCCUCGCAUUGGCCGCAGCAGUUCUGUCCUUUCCCCUUGAAGUUCUCCCUCAAAGCGGUGGGUUGCCUUGCAUCCAAUGCUUCCUUCUUCUGACUUGUGAUUUUAUCGACGUCACACAGAUUCGUUCGUUCGUCAGCAAGGUCCCCGUGAGGUUAACGAACG